AUGUCUGACGUUUUGAAAAAGAAUUAUGAUUUUAAAAGGUACAACCGUGACGUCGUUGUUGAUAACAAUCAUUGCUUACAAUAUGUAAAGAAACAGUGUAUAAGUUCUGAAGAAAUUAUUUUCACAUUGCACAUAACAAACGAAGUUUUGAAAAGCUGGGAAGACUUCAAAGGAAAGGGUAUCUCGUUAAAUUUUAGCUUUGUUGAAAUCUUGAAUUAUUUUCUCGCUGAAAAGUACGCAAUUCUUGUCAAGAAAGACUGCAAACGAAUCGAAGAAGGGCUCAGAAAACUGUGUUCAAAAGUUAAAAGCGGUUUCAAGGGAAAAUCUGGUUUACAUUAUCUCAACUUUGCAAGCCAAAGUAGAAGUUUUGCAAUUCGAGCCGGGGAAAUUUUGAGAGCAUCUGAUUUGGAAAUCGAGUUGUGCAAGCUGAAUACUGCAAAAGUUGCUCUAGAGAAAGAAAAUGCAGCCCUUCAGAAACGCUGUGAUGACUUGUACAGCAGUUUGGUUCAAGAAGAAGAGCUCAGAAGGAAAAUCAACGAUAGCUUAGAAGAUGCAAAGGUCGACCUACAAAAGCUUGAAAAGGAGAAUGCCAACUUGUGCAAGUAUUUUGAUAAAAUUUCUGAACUGGAGGGAUUCAAGAACUGCGGCAAACCUUUUUCUGAAGUCAAAGGAAGACAACAAAGACGCAAGAUUAGAGAGUUAAAGACAUAUGUAGAACAAGCACUUUGGUUUGCCGAGACUUUUGGCCUUAAGCUUAGCUCGGUCAAAUUCAAUGAUGACGAGGGGGUAUCCCAUACCAUUGAUUACACCAUAGAAGAUAGAAAGAAAGGAUAUAAAGAUUUGUCGGAAGAAGAAAAAGAGAAAGUGCAACAGGUACUCUACAUCACUGAUAGUUUCUGCAUUGGGGAGGCGGCAUAUCACGAAUUUACCAUGACUGAAGGAGGGGAGAAGCUACCGCGUUCUUAUUUGGUGAAACAGUGCAAAAAUGAUUUGAACAGCCUAUGCCACAUCACCAGAACCCCAGGUGUUGCAGAAGGAGCACAAAUGAACCUGGAGUCUGAAUUAAGGAACACAAUAAAGCAGCAGGCAAGUUUUUAUUAUUACCUAUAA